CGGAUAUGACGAUUUUUGUUACUACCUUUUGACAGAGCGUCGCCAUAUUGCUCUUAGCUUCGCUGGUAAGGGCUACGAGUGAAAAAAUUGUAGCUAACAUCCUUGCUCAAGUUGUUUCUCGAUUUAUGGUCACAAUGGCAAGCCCUGGAAAAGAAAUCGAUCGGAUGAAGAGCUACAAGAACAAAGCUUUGAACCCACAGGAGAUGCGCAGGAGAAGGGAGGAGGAAGGGAUUCAGCUUCGCAAGCAAAAGAGAGAGGAACAGCUCUUCAAGAGAAGAAAUGUAAGCCUGCCACCAGGUGAUGAGGCCAUGCUAGAAUGCCCUAUUCAAGACCCUGAUGUCAGUUCAACUGUGCCACUCUCAGGUCAGGAGGGAGUCAUCACUCCAGACAUGAUUCAGAUGAUCUUCUCAGAGGACCCCGACCAACAGCUCGUAGCAACCCAAAAAUUCAGGAAAUUACUCUCCAAAGAGCCCAAUCCUCCCAUUGAUGAGGUGAUCCUCACACCUGGCGUUGUCAACAAGUUUGUAGAAUUUCUCAGAAGAGGUGACGACAGCAACCUGCAGUUUGAGGCUGCCUGGGCCCUGACCAACAUUGCCUCCGGGACGUUCCUCCACACCAAAGUAGUGAUUGAGACUGGGGCCGUGCCCAUCUUCAUCGAACUGCUCAACUCGGAGAACAAGGAUGUGCAGGAGCAGGCUGUGUGGGCUCUGGGAAACAUCGCCGGCGACAACGCAGAGUGUAGAGACUACGUCCUCGACUGUGGCAUCCUGCCUUCCCUACAACAGCUUCUCUCCAAGUCCAGUCGCCAGGGCACCAUCAGGAAUGCCGUGUGGGCGCUGUCCAACCUGUGCCGGGGGAAGAACCCUCCUCCAGACUUCGCCAAGGUUUCUCCAUCUUUGAGUGUGCUGUCCACUCUGUUGUUCGGGAGUGACCCGGACGUGCUGGCUGAUGCCUGCUGGGCUCUCUCUUACCUCUCCGACGGGCCCAAUGAAAAGAUCCAGGCCGUCAUCGACUCGGGAGUUUGCCGCCGCCUAGUGGAACUGCUUAUGCACUAUGACUACAAGGUAGUGUCCCCAGCGCUGAGAGCAGUGGGGAACAUUGUGACGGGAGACGAUAUUCAGACACAGGUGAUUCUAAACUGCUCAGCUCUGCCUUGUCUACUACACCUUCUUAGCAGUCCCAAAGAAUCAAUCAAAAAAGAGGCAUGUUGGACGGUCUCUAACAUCACAGCUGGAAACAGACGACAGAUCCAGACGGUGAUCGACGCCAACAUCUUCCCCGUCCUGAUCGAGAUCCUGCAAAAGGCCGAGUUCCGCACUAGGAAAGAGGCUGCCUGGGCCAUAACCAACGCCACCUCUGGAGGCACUCCUGAGCAGAUGAGGUACCUGGUGUCUCUGGGCACCAUCAAGCCCAUGUGUGACCUCCUGACAGUAAUGGACUCUAAGAUUGUGCAGGUGUCCCUCAACGGCUUGGAGAACAUCCUGAGACUGGGAGAGCAGGAGGCCAAGCAGAACGGCACCGGAAUUAACCCCUACUGCGCCCUCAUAGAGGAGGCAUAUGGCUUGGACAAGAUUGAGUUCCUGCAAAGCCACGAGAACCAGGAGAUCUACCAGAAGGCCUUUGACCUCAUCGAGCACUACUUUGGUGUGGAGGAGGAGGAUGCCAGUAUCGCCCCGCAGGUAGACCAGAACCAGGGCCAGUACAUCUUCCAACAGCAGGAGGGGCCCAUGGAGGGCUUUCAGCUUUAACACCCCCGCCACCCCCCCAUAAGCCCCAGAGAGCUCAUCUCUACAUCCCCCACCCCACCCUGACUCUCUCUCUGAGUGCGUCCCCCAGCCCAGCCCAGCCCCCCUUCCCACCAUGCCAGUGUCAACUCCCUGAUGACCUCAUCUUCCCAAAGCUACAGCUCCCCUACAUUGCCCCCCCCCCCCCCCUCAAAAGAAAAAAACAUACACACACCCUCUGUCUAGCUAGAUGGGGUGGUGGGGGAGGGGGGUACAGAGGGCUGAAUGGCUACCUUCCCCUUUUUCUGAUUCCGGUCAUCUGAACUCAUCCAGCCAGCUACCCCCAAAAAUCAAUUGCAAGGGAGAGAUGGCAAACAUAAAUCGUUAUUUUCUAAUUUUGUUUCUGUUGUAUGUUUAUUUUCUGUAUUAGGAGUGUAUUCCUAUUAUUAUUAUUAUUAUUAUUAUUAUUAUUAUUAUUAAUGCAAUAUUUUGGCACUGGUGUCCCAAAAAUGACUUUUUACAUCAUAUCCCUUUUUGAAUGUGAAUCUACCUCUUUAGUCAAUGAAAAAGCACUCAUGGUCAUGUGACUGGUACAAGUGCAAAUGAUCACCAGGGAGGUGCCCUCUAAUGCAGUGAGUGCAAACAUUUCUCUCAGUUUAGAGGGACAUAUCAGAAAAGAAGUCAAGUAAAAACAGCAGAAAGCAACAACAACCAAACAGCUAAAAAUGGGAAAAAAAUAUACAUUUGAAUGACCUUAAUGGAAGCAAUCUCAACUCUUAAAUGGAGACUGACCAUAUAGGUUAGCUCUACUAGUUUGCCGUGAAAAUUAACAAUUGCACACCCACACAUACACACACGUACGUACACACACACACACACACACACACACACACACACACACACACUCACUCACUCACACACACCCAUAAAGCGGUCUCUCAAUUUAGCAUGAGGAGUCUGCCUCAGCAUUGGACACCAAGUGUCAGAAUCUCUGUGCGUGUGUGUUUGUGUGUGUGAGGGAGAAUAGCUGUCCCCGUCCCCCUCUCAGCUGACACUAACAGCUCCUAACUUCCAGGGCCUGUCUGGGCUUAUUUAUUGUGUCUGUGAGGGGAAAGACUCCGAGCAGGACAUCAUUUCGGACACGGAGGUCUAACCCUGUUGGAGAGCGAUUGCUCCAGCUUAAUAAUGGGGCCUUUUCCCCAUAUUUAGUUUUUUUUUUUUGCUUGUGUUUUGUUUUGUUUUUUUGCUUGUGUUUUUGUUUUGAUGCAGUGUCAUUGUCCAGAGCCUUUGUUUCUGUUGUUUUUCUUUUUGUUCCGUUUCCAGUUUCUUUUUGGAUUUAACCUUUUUAGAUGUUCUAUCAUCUCAAACAGAGGAUGUAACAACCUUCUUUCUCCAAUGUUCACAUGGCCCACUGGUCAAGUGCUGCAGUACUUUCAGAUUUGACAUCAUCAGAAAAAUGCUCUGAUUUAUAAAAAAAAAAAAAAAAAAAAGUAAAAUAAAUCUGUAUAUUAUAUAUACAUGUAAGCUCUGAUUUAGUUUUCUGUUUUAUGAGAAGCUCCUGAUGGACACAAGGUGCUGAUCAUGUGAAGCUUCAUAUGCAGUCUCUUGUGGUGGAGGAUUGGGUGGGGGGCAGCCAGAGUGGACGGCUUGUCUUCAUGAUUCAUCCUCAUCCUCCUCCUCCUACCUGUCAGGAGAAGAAUCUGGAUCAUCAGAGGCUGGUGGUGCAGAAAUGAAUAGUCAUCAAUCUCGUUCAUGCUUUGUUCGUUCGUUCGUUCGUUCAUCUUGAUUCUGCAGAAGACUACUACUCCUGCUGUGAAUGACCUUUGACAUUUGACCCCUGUGUUUGCGCCCCUGUGUGGCUCAAGUCAGGUUUUCUAGAACUUUCCCUUUAUUGCAAAUUUCUCCCCUGAAAUCAUGUUACAUAAGAAUUUUGGUUCUAUUUUAUUAUCAUUAUUUAUGGUGUUUCUGGCACGUAACAGACAGUGCUGAUGAAAUUAUGUUAUCAGAUGUGGAGUUGGAAGUAGAAGCAACAGUAUAUUGAGAUUGUUAAACAUGUUUUUGGUUGAACAUCAAGAACAUUUAAUCGUGUAUAGUUUUCUAAUAUUUCUCAUGUUUGUACUGAUUGUAUAAUAUAUACAUAUGUUUUGUUUUCUUCUGGUUUAUUAUUUUUUUUUGUCCAUUAGAAGGGGGGAAAAGUGUAUGAGUCUGCAUCGGUGUCGAGCUUGAGAGGAGAAUUUCGCGCUCCACACUGAAGAAUGUUGACGUUCUGUAAAAUAGAGGAGAACAAAUAAACUCUUCUGUGCCACCUGAA